GCACUCGUGCGCCUGUUGCUUCCAUCCUUAGUGACGGCUUCCCUGGCAGUCCCGCUGCAAUAUCGUGCCUGGUCAGGUGAACAUGACAGGAUUGCCUGUCACCCAUCCCUGAUGCGCACCUCUGGAUUUGCACCGCCCUUCAGGCCCCUGGAUUUCGUCGGGAGCAGCAGAUCUGCGUUUUCGACGACACCGCUACCGAAGACGGUAGUGCUCGAUGCAGCGUGGACAAACCUGUCGCCAUCAACAUCAACUCUCCGGUCAACUAUAAAAGAGCAGUCAAUACCGGUGGCGCCUUGUGGGCUCGGCGGCUGUGCACAGACGCAGACCGCUAAUCCAUUCACUCUUGUCAUGCAGGUGUUUCAGCGCGCACUCGUGCGCCUGUUGCUUCCAUCCUUAGUGACGGCUUCCCUGGCAGUCCCGCUGCAAUAUCGUGCCUGGUCAGGUGAACAUGACAGGAUUGCCUGUCACCCAUCCCUGAUGCGCACCUCUGGAUUUGCACCGCCCUUCAGGCCCCUGGAUUUCGUCGGGAGCAGCAGAUCUGCGUUUUCGACGACACCGCUACCGAAGACGGUAGUGCUCGAUGCAGCGUGGACAAACCUGUCGCCAUCAACAUCAACUCUCCGGUCAACUAUAAAAGAGCAGUCAAUACCGGUGGCGCCUUGUGGGCUCGGCGGCUGUGCACAGACGCAGACCGCUAAUCCAUUCACUCUUGUCAUGCAGGUUAGUAAAGCUUACAGUCUUUUUUCUAAGAAGUCUAGCAAUCGUUUCCUGCUUCAGCUGCCGAGCCCGCACUGCUGCCUUCUUGUCGCUGUUGAGUGUUCUGAUGUAAUUCGUGCUUUGUUGAUGAUGUCGGGUGAUGUCGAAAGCAACCCGGGCCCGGACUCCGAUGCUUUACUAGCUGAAUUGAAGAACUUGUCUGCUGGACAGUCGCAAUUAAUCAGUCAGGUUCAAGACCUGAAAACUCAUCUAGUGUCGACGGACAAAGCUAUUGCUGAUCUGGGCAGGCGCAUGACUGAUCUAGAGGGGCAUUAUCAAAAUCUUGUCUCCCUACGCUCUGACUUCGAAACCGUGAAAACGUGUACCGCUCAAGUGGCCACCGUGGUACAUAAGCUUGAAACGCGUAUUGAUGACGCCGAGAACCAGUCACGACGCAAUAAUCUUAUUUUUUAUGGCCUCCCUGAAUCAACUGGAUCAGAGACGUUUGCCCAGACCGAGCAACGUAUCAUCAAGCACUGCCAGGAUCAUUUGAAUAUUUGUAUCGAGCCGAAAGAAAUUGAGCGCGCACAUCGUCUCGGUCAUCGCACAGAUACUAACCGCCACCGUCCUAUCAUAGCGAAAUUCACCUUCCAUAAAACAAAAGAAUUGGUUCUUUCUAACGGCCGCAAGUUCAAAGGAACCAGCUUCAGCGUUGGAGAGGAUUUCUCUCGUUCCGUACAAAACGCUCGCCGGCAUCUCGUUACUUUCGCUAAAAGCAAAUCUUUACCUUUCUCUCUGCGAUUCAAAACACUGCAUAUGGGCCAUAAGCGCUACGUCUACGACGAGCAAACACAAUCUGUGAAAGAAAUAAUAUAG